AUGUCUGACUCUCCUUCCCCUACAUCCUUCUCAUCUGCAUCCCCACCCUCUAUCCCCAUCUCUCGGUACGAAAAAUUCAAGGCGAAGCUCGCACCCUUCCGAGAUGCUGCCAUUGGGUAUGUCGAAGGGUUACAGGUAGUCUCCGAAAAGGUCAUCUUUGGCAUCACGCUCCACGAUAUGGAUGAUUUGAAGUUGGACGAUCUUUACUGGGAGACCAAGAAUAACACUGCCUUCCACGGCAUCCUGCACAAGAAGAAGAAGUCAAGCGACGAGAAGACCUGGAACGAAGACCUCGACGAAGACCUUCGCUUGGCAGCGUUCUUUACCUCGAACUGCUCAAAGGCAGUUUACUGUUUUCUCCCGCAGGUUCGCAAGAUACUAGAUGAUGACCCGGACUUCGACAAAGCUUCCUGGUCCCGCCAGUACAUCGAUCCCAAGCUCAUCCUCUUCGACGUUGAUCAGGAUGGAAACCAGCGCAAGAGCCCUCUGUCUUUCCUCGCACACGACUUCAUCACCAUCACGUGCAAAGACAGUCAACGCUUUGUUCUAGACGUCGCCGGGGACCAAUUCGGCAUCGAGGAGUGGUUCUAUACCAAGAAGGGCUACUGGAAGCUACUCCUCGAAGGCCGGUUCCCCGAAAUCACCACCGAGGCUGCUAAGGCACAUCAUGUUGAGGAGGAGGAUAAUAGGAAUCCAGCGCUGAGGAUUGCAGUCGAGGAAGCGCUGGAAGAGGUCAAGGCUGACUGGGCUCGAUACAACUUGACCUGGAAUGAUAUCUACCUCUUGCCUGAGGAGAAACAAGAUGAGCUGCGACAAGGUAUUGUUACCAAGGUGAGAGCGAAGGUAGUAGCAGCACUUCGUGGCUGA